UAAAUUGUUAGUCCGAGACGUAACAUAAGAAUCAUUUAUGACUGGGUUGAGUAUCAGCUGUCAGGAGGGGAAUUAAGUGUGUUUAUAUUUCAUAAGUCGAAGAUGUUACCGAAUUUACGCCAAAAACUGUUGAAUAGGGCGUAAAUAUUGAGAUAUAUCGGUUACACGUGAGAACUAUGCAGACUCAAUACAGUGGACUAUUACGAUGACAACACCAAGUUUAAUACCGCUAGUAGCACUACCAAUACCAGGAGACAUUCUUUCAUGUCUCCAGUCUGCCGGUUACCUUUAUUACGAAGACAUCGAACAAGAAGAGGGCUCUCCAGCUGAUAAUAUAGUUAAAAAAUUUGCAAGUAAUACAAAACUGUUUUGGAAAGCUGUUAUGUCACCACCUGAAGUAAAGACGGCACUUGACAUCUGGCAGGAGGAGAGUCAGCUGUUUGGCAUUGUGACUUUCUGCAAAGCAAUUGAUGACAUGUUAGAUGGAGGUAUUCCACUGCAGAGCAUCACAGAAUUUUGUGGAGCUCCAGGUUCAGGGAAGACACAGCUCUGCUUGCAGCUUUGUGUUGAUGUGCAGAUUCCGAGCAUAUUUGGUGGUCAUGAAGCAGAAGCUGUGUAUAUAGACACAUCAAGCAGUUUCACAUUGAUUAGAUUGUCAGAUAUGGCUGAUGCUUGCAUCAGUCAUUGUUCUUUAAUUGCCAGACAACAAGGUAAACCCCCUGCCUCAAGUUUCACAAUGGAAGCAAUAAAAAAUGGCAUAUCUUAUUUAUCAGUAACAAACCACAUACAGCUGUUGGCUGCAGUCUUUCAACUCAGUGACAUUUUAGAAAAAAGAAAUGUAAAAUUGAUUGUCAUUGAUAGUAUUACAUUCCCUCUCCUAUAUGGAGAACUGAGCAGCAUCCAGAGAACAAGACUGUUGCAUCAGAUCCUUGAUGAAUUGCAUCUGUGUGCUAAAAAAUUCAAAGUUGCGGUCGUUGUAACAAAUCAGUUGACUACAAAAGUCUUUGGUGAUGGCACCUCACAAGUUGUUCCAUCACUGGGAGAAAGUUUUGGUCACCGUAUCAGUCAUCGCAUCAUGUUAGGAGCUGAGAGAGGUGGCACUUUUGCAGCAGUGCUCUUGAAAAGUGCUGUGUACCCAUGUGCUUCUGUCGGCUUUCAGAUAUCAAAUAUUGGAGUGAGAGAUAUUGGCAAUGGCUAACACCACAACUAUUAAUUGCCAUGUGAUGUUUAAAACUUCAUGCAUGUUGAGACUGAGACCAGGAAGUGGUUCUUGAGCACAGUAUACAUAUGUUUAUAUUCCAGACAAAAAUUAGUUUUUUAUCAUGUGUGUCUUAAUGAUUCUUUUAUUUACUUGUGAAAGAAAGCCUUUGUUUGUACUGUGUAAAUUUUUUGACCAAAAUUAUUGUUUGUAAACUGUCCAGUAGCUAAAGAAAUAUAUGUACACUCUAUUAUAAAAUUAUUAAUAGUUUUGUAACCUUGGUUACUAUUGUAAUCACAUGAAAUUGAAAUUGUAUUAAAAUAAAAAUAUUAAGAUUCGAAUUCGGUGUCUUGAGCUUCGAGCUCUUCUUCUUCUUCUUCUUUUUUAAAUUCAAAGGCUGUAAGAAAAUUGCCAAGUCACCUGAAAAAGUGUUCUCUCUCUCUCUCUCUCUCUCUCUCUCUCUCUCUCUCUCUCUCUGUUGCCUCUUUCUUGUUGUAGUGGCACAUCCAUUAAAUUUUUUAUCUUUAUUGGGCAGGCUCUGUCUUCAACUCGUGUAAUAACUAUUAUAAUAUGGACUUACCCUAUGUCCUCUUAAAUUUUUCUCGUUUAAAGGCCUUAUUCUAUAAAGAGGACAAAAUUUUAAUUUUUUCUGACUUUUCAAACCUGUGCUUAUGUCCUUAAUCUAAUGGUGUUUUCACAUUGACUCCAUGAAGUCACCAAAGUCUAGAAAUGUAAGUUCCCCAUCCUGACCCUCAAGGUGCCAUUAACAUUUAAUUUGCUUUGGUUUGAGAUUCAGGUCUUUGAAUUCAUGUUGAAAAUGACAUUGUUAGUGCAGCAGCCUGUGAAUAAGUAAUAUGUUGAAUUUCUUUUGUAUGUAACUGUUUGUAAUAAAAGAAACUAUGACAGCUA